AUGCCCCGCCUCCUGGGCGGAGGGGGCCGCUCCCCGGUCGCCCGAGGCUCGGGCGUGCCCCGCGGCGUCUGGAUCCCGGGCCUGGUGCGUCGUCGCCGAGCGCGGGCGUCGCAGACUCGCGACGGGGCCGGCGCGGCGCGGCGGGGCUGGGGCUGGCGCUGGCCCUGGAAGGCGGCCCUGAGCGGUCGGCUGUUGCCGCCCUGGCCUCGCCGCGGUGCGGAUGGAGUCGUCCCGCGGCAGCCAGCAGGAGGGUCAGCGGCUGCCGGGCCACGGGGGACCCCGGGACCCACGCCGCGGCCGCCCGCUGCGAGAAGAGGGUCCGGGCUUCAGAGUGAGAUGGCGCUUAAUGAUUGCUUCAGUUUGAACUACCCUGGUAACCCCUACCCAGGGGACUUGAUUGAAGUGUUCCGUCCUGGCUAUCAGCACUGGGCUCUGUACUUGGGUGAUGGUUAUGUUAUCAACAUAGCACCUGUAGAUGGCAGUCCUGCAUCAUAUGCAAGUGCCAAGUCUAUAUUCAGCACGAAGGCUCUGGUAAAGAUGCAACUCUUGAAGGAUGUUGUGGGAAAGGACACAUAUAGAAUAAACAAUAAAUAUGAUGAAACAUACCCUCCUCUCCCUGUGGAAGAAGUCAUACAACGGUCAGAGUUUGUUGUUGGACAGGAGGUGGCAUAUGACUUAUUUGUUAACAACUGUGAGCAUUUCGUGACUUUACUUCGCUAUGGAGAAAGAGUUUCAGAGCAGGCCAGCCGAGCAAUAAGUACCAUUGGGUUUGUGACAGCUGCUGUUGGUGCGUUCUCGUUCCUGGGCUUGUUUCCAAAAGGAAAAGAGCAAACUACUGUUAACAAUUUACUGAAAAGAUAUUGGAAUUGAAGGAAUUUGUGAGGAGAGAAGAAAAAACCCUGGAAUGAAUACUUACUUUCAAUGCAUCAUUAUUGUUCCAAAUUCCAAUGAUGGAUGGCAGGCUGUUUAAUAAACUGCUUACUGGUAUUAUCUUA